AUGCAAGAACUUCUUCGCUGUGAUCACGGCUGUCUACGGUCUCACAGCCAAAGGAGCCGUUCCUCUUCCCGACGCCAACAGACCUACCGCACUCACCGAGAAGGCGCAAAUUCUGAAGGGCUGAGCCGAGCAAUCAGAAACGUCCUCAACCGUCCCGACAUAAUUUGCGACGCCGCCAGCGAUCGGCUGCCUCAAGUGGAGACUAAAGCCAACCUCGGCCUCCCGCCCUCUCUCCACAAGACCAUAACGGCUUCAAAGCAACUCUCUAGCGAGAAAGCACCCGAAUCAGAUGCGAUCCCUGUUGAGGUUUACAGGCACGGCUGUCCCCAGCUCAUGGAUCACCUGACAGCGUUCUUACAAAAUAUGUGACGCCAAGAACAAGUCUCUCAAAAUUUUAGGAACGCCAUAAUCGUCCAUCUCUACAAGCAGAAAGGGAACCGCCAACUCUGCGACAACCAAAGAGGAAUCUCGCCGCUCAACAUCAUUGAAAAAAUCUUCGCUUGCGUUCUCCCCAAUAGCUUCAAAAGCCAUCUGGAAGAGGGACUCCUGUCGGAAAAUCGGUGCGGCUUCCGCGGUCAUCACGGCACCACCGACAUUAUCUUUCCCGCCUUCCAACUGCAGGAAAAGCGUCAGAAGAUGCGGAUCCAUCUCUACUCUACCUUCGUGGAUCUGAAGGAACCUUUUGAUACGGUGAAUUACAAAGGGUUGUGGAAAAUCAUGCAGAAAUCCAGCUGUCCAAAGCGCUUCACACACAUGGUACGUCAGCUCCAAGACGGGAUGAUGAUGACGCGCGUCACGGAUGACGGCACAAUCUCCGAGGCAUUAGCAAAGACCAAGGGAAUGAAGGAGGCCUGCGUACUCGCUCCCACCCUCUUCGGCCUCAUGUUCAUUUCCAUGCUGAUGGAUGUCUACCGUGAUGAGCGUCCUGGAAUACACAGCCUAUAA